GUCAACACAAAGAACAGUCAGAAAGCGAGAGCUCGAAAGCGCGUUGCAGUUCAUCCAAGUCUAUUUCAAGUUGAGUUAAUAGUGUUCUAGAAGUUUCCGCCACAGUCCGCACAAUGGGAAUGAUAACCAGGUUCCGGGGCCGACUGCGGAGCUUCCACACCAUCCAGGUCGACCCGGAAAUGCAAAACGAAAAAAUCGCCGAGACUGUGUGUCUGUUGUCCGUUCUGUUCCUCCUGCCUUACUGCUCCAGAGGCCAUGCCCCGCUGCUCGUGAGUUUGGGGGGCUGGUGCGUGGCGAGUUACUCGUUCCUGGUGCUCCCGGUGCUCAUUUCGGCCAACUACAAGUACCCUGUGAGGUGGUUGCGGAAGUUGUUUGCCAAAAUCCCAGCUCUGUUGAGCAAGUGGUCGGGCCCCGUUUGGUCCUUUAUUUGCCGGGUGUAUGCUCCGCUGGACCGGUGCGAAAAAAUGUUCAUGAAAAUGACGAAUUUGUCAAAUCUGGCCACACAACUGGUGUUCUUCAUGAUGUGCGACCGCGUGCUGCUGUGCUCCUUCGGGGGCGGCAACUGCCCCCAGAAGAGGGUCACCGGGCUGUACUCCCUCAUGUUUUACAACGUGAUCGCCUAUUGCGUGUCGUACAUCAAGGAGCUGAUCGAGAAGGAGGACUGGUCUGUGACCGUCAACAUGACCCAGCACAGCAACAUCAAGCACGUGGCGAUGUCCGCCACCAAAAUCGUGCUCGAAUGGACCAAAGCCAUAACGUUCAUCAUCACCGUCACCUUCAUGCUGCUCGUCUUCGGCUUGGAGCAGGGCUUGGAGCACUACCAGCCCACGGCCCUGUACACGCUCAUCACCUGGACCUACUACAUGUGCACCGAGAGGGUCUUCAUCGAGCUGUUCCCGCCGUUCCUGGUCUUCCUGCGGCUGAAGCACCUGGAGGCCCUGGAGUCGCUCUACGCCCCGGUGAUUCUGCGCUACUACACCGUGAGUGUCGCGGCCGUUCUGGUGCUCUUGUUGUGCUUCUACGGCCAGGUCAGGUUCACGUUCAUCGCCUUCUACUUGACGGUGUAUCUGAGACUCAAGGACAUGGUGGCGAACUGCCUGAAGGUUUUGAGGCAGGAGCAGGCGGUUCUGGGGCAGUUCAGGCACGCCACCGAGGAGGAGAUUGAGAACUGUGACGAUGUCUGUGCUGUUUGUUUGAGUCCGAUGGAGAAGGCGAGGGUUACGCCGUGCCAUCACUUAUUCCACGCCAGUUGUCUCAGACAGUGCCUGAGCGCGUCGCAGAACUGCCCCAUGUGCAAGAGGGAGUACACGUUUGUGCACUAGGGUUAGGGAUUUUUGUACGGUCGUACUAGCUUAAUAUUUUGUACGUGACUAGGAUAGGCGAGGUAGACUAGUUUUGCUACGUUUAUAUGUAUUUAUUUAUUAAUUUAUAUUUUGUAUGUGAAUAAAAGUAUCAGAAACAUUGUA